UAUUUCUUCAAGUAGGGUUAUUGUCUUCGAUCAUAAAAAAUACGUGUUUCUUCGAAUUUCUGUAAGGGAAGAUUUUGAUACAAACAUUACAUUAUAUGUGAAUAUUGAGAGGAGUAGCUCAACUGCCGCAUAUGAAUACUUCUCUGCUAAACUUUUAGAGAAAAGAGAAGAUAGU